UGUGAACUCAACCAUCGAGAAUACUGGCGAAUCUCAAGAAAACACAUUUCCGGUUUCAGUCACAUUUUCGUCGUCGAUCCAAUCGCUCCACCUCGCUUGUAUCGCAGACGCGAGAAAUAGAGUCGAAAUGGAGCGAUAAACAGGCUGAAUGUGUAAAUCUUGUUGAUCAGAAGAGUUUGUCGUUGAAAAAAGUCGAGCGCAAAUCCACAAAGGCCAUUCUAAGAUUCUGGAAUAAACUCAAGCAUCGCAAAAACGCGAGAAAGAAAGUAGAACCUAUUACAAAUGAAUCAUUAGCUUCCGUACGGAAUUAUAGUCAUGUUGAAGAAACAAUGAGCGCUAGAUCGCAACGUGGGACCCACGACACGCCAACGACCAAACGAUUUCGGAGCCCGCGGAUCACCGUGAGAAACCGAACAGCAAAACCACAGAUAACAUACGAUUACGAUGCUGCUAUCAGUCAACCGGAUGUACCGAAUUUACUAGAUUAUAAGAAUAUCGGUCGUGGUGUGAUGGUUAGUGGAGUUCCACUUAGAAAGAAAGCUCUAAAGACUCGCUUAAAAGGACGAAUUAUAUCAAGAAAGAAUUUUCAGAAAAGAUCUCAGGAAAUCAAGACGAAGUCGCUGAUCCAAAAGAACGCCUCACCCAUCAAAACACAUACACGAUCACCCAGUAGGAUUAAUCAAAAAACGAUGGCCUCUUCCAGUAUCUUUGAGAAAGAAAAUUAUAUCGGCGAAAAAGAGAAUAUUACCAACAAUGAUACCAAUAACGUUGAACAUUUGUCGAACUCGUUGAGGAAAAAUUUAGUAGUGGACGCUAAAAACAUUUCGUACAAGGAUACGAAAGAGGCGAUUGAGAACGAUAACAAUAAUCAAAUGACACAACAGAUGAAAAACGAGACGUCAGAAGAUUAUGAAAUUGCUAAAAAGAAAUCAGCAGUUCAAGUCAAAGGCAGUAAAAUUCCUCGUGCGAAGAUAGCUGUUUUUCCAGUUCAUACGUUUUAUGAAUUACAUUCGUUUGGAACAAAGAGGAAACUUCAACGUUAGAGGCAGAUGAAGAAGCGGAGGAUCGUGGAUUAACAUCGGCCGACGAAUCCCCGGCUAUUAUUAGUAGUAUCGAUGACCCUCGCGUUUUAACAAUUCUACGAAGUUUAAAACUGAACUGCCCUUGCAAAUCGUGCAGCGAACACAAUCCAGUUUCCACAAAUCAACAGGAAGAUAACAGCGAUUUAAAGAGUUCGUCCCCGGAAGAAAUUAGAAAGAAAAAAUGGUUAAAACGAUAUAUUUAAAAUUAUCUACUUGAAGCUCAGAGUAUAAUGAUUGUCACGAUAAUUACAUGUGAUUAUCAACAGGUCAUUGAAAUAUCGAAAAUACAUCGAGACGACUUCAGAGGAUGUGGAUAUUUCGUCUGAUUGCAAUAGCGAAUACAGUAAAAAAGAAAAGAGAGGUCAACACAAAGCGAAGUAUAUUUUGACUCAUCGUA